UUUUCCAGAAUGGAGUACGGACACGAUGUGGAGUUGCAGGAGCCUUGUCCGGUCUGCGGAGAUAAAGUCUCUGGAUACCACUACGGCCUGCUGACCUGUGAAAGCUGCAAGGGGUUUUUCAAAAGAACAGUUCAAAACAACAAGAAGUACAUCUGUGCAGAAAAGCAGGAGUGCAGGAUUGAUAAAGCUCAGAGGAAACGGUGUCCCUACUGCAGAUUUCAAAAGUGUCUUCGUGUUGGCAUGAGACUGGAAGCUGUUCGUGCAGAUCGGAUGAGAGGGGGCAGAAAUAAGUUUGGCCCCAUGUACAAGAGAGAUCGUGCCCUCAAGCAGCAGAGAAAGGCUUUGAUACAAGCUAGUGGAUUCAGACAAGAGAGCGGUCCUCCACCUCUGGUCCCCUCAACCCACUUGAGAGACUUUACCUUUGCUGGUGGCCUCAGUCCAGAUACCAUCCUUCACAGCACAGCACUGAAUGACUGCACCAGCUACCAUCCUCCAUCACUGUGUCCCCUUCUGCCCUCAAACUCGCCUGGUGCCACCCAGUGCCAGUGCUUCUCCUUUUCAAACUGGACAAUCAAGUCGGAGCAGUCCAGCAACUGUGCAAGUUCACCAGGCUACGCCAACUCAGACGAGUUCUACCGAAGCUCUCCACAUGCUCCCAAGAUGCCUCAGCUCGUGAUGGAGUUCCUGCUGUGCGAUCCAGAUGAGCAACAGCUGCAGAGUAAGAUCACUGUUCGUCUCCAGCAGGAGCAGACUAGCUGGAGGAAACACGGGAACCCCAGCACCUUUGGGAUGAUGUGCCUCAUGGCUGACCAGACCCUGUUCUCCAUCGUGGAGUGGGCUCGCAAAUCCAUCUUCUUCAAACAUCUCAAGGUGAGUGAUCAGAUGAAAUUACUGCACAGCUGCUGGGGUGAGCUGCUGAUCCUGGACAUCAUUUCCAGACAGGUCCUGUACGGCAGAGAGGGCAGUCUGCUCCUGGUCACCGGGCAGGAGGUACAGCUGACAGACAUAGCCCCUGAUAAUGGUCCUACCUUGGUCAGCUUGGUCCAGAGAGGGCAGGAGCUGGUUGAGAAGCUCCACAUCCUAAAGGUGGAUCGUCAAGAAUUUGCCUGUAUCAAGUUCCUCAUCCUGUUUAACCCAGAUGUGAAAGAACUUGAGGAACAUCAGCUCAUAGAGAGCGUGCAGGAGCAGGCCGAAGGAGCCCUGCUGGAAUACACACUGUGCAACUCUUCUCAGUACCUUGGACGCUUUACUCAUCUGCUGCUAUGUCUCUCUGAGCUACGCUCCCUCAGCAGCCUUGCUGAAGACUACCUGUACUGCAGACACCUGAGUGGUGAGGUGCCGUACAACAGCCUGCUCACUGAGAUGCUCCACGCCAAGUGCACCUGGGCGUGA